AUGCCAGAUGUACAGGUGAUCUAUCGACAGUUUGAGCACUUUUACAUACCCAAAGACGUCGAGUCGUCGAAGAGCUUUGGCUGGCAGGACAGUGCUCUACGCAACAUCAUGCCCUUUUCAUGGUGCAAGAGGCUGCGUCUUAAUCUCAGAGGCGAUACCCCAGUGACGACCAAUUGUGAACUCCAUGGAAAACUCACCGUCCAUCUCUGUGAGCUAGAUGGGGAGGUUCUCGACCCAACAUUAGGCAGAUACGUGUCCAAGCCAUCGCCAAUUCGCUCGAAGCACCAGCCAAAGCAGACUCAGUACGCAUACAUCGGGUCGAAAUCGCUUCCCGGGCCCAAAGCACCACUCAACAUUCGACGAUUGCGCACGCUGGAUCUUUUAUUGCCAGCAUUCGCAAUCUUUGAAUUUGAUUACCGAGAAAGCGUGUUGCCCAAACCACCAGAUGAUACAAAUUUACUAGAAAAUUUGCACAGUGUGCCCCCUCCCCCAGGCAUGCCAUACCUUUUGGAAUCGCUAUCAGCAUGUCAAAAGCUUAUAAUACCGAAGCGCGAGAGUAUUGCGACAUGUCCGCUGACCUCAGGUCCUGCUACAAGUCAACACCGCAGAGACGAGGAACGGCAGCACCGAGAACUCGAGAGAAAAAUCGAGGAAGCAGAAACGAAGAGGAGGGUAGAGCAAGCACGCCACGAGGGGUAUUUAGCUGGAUUGCGCGAAGCCCAAGCCAUACUUUACGAGGAGCUACGCAUGGGUAGAGCCGACGAAGGGCGGGCGGAGAGUAGCGGCAGCGCCAACCGCUGA